AUGGGUUCGUUUGAAUCGCUGCAUGCCAGGACGUACAUUGCUGUGCGACGUACUGUCCACGUGUCCACGUGGUAUAAAGAAUUCGAGACAGCGCGUUUCUUGUUGAUUGUGAAGAAGGGCGCAGGCUUGGACAGCGUUGUUCACACCGCGUCCCGUCCCAUCCCUCCGUCCGUUCCUCUCUCCUUUGCUCGCACCGAGGCGGCUGGUAUCGGACUCGAUGGGCGUGAUAGGCUUGCCGCGGGCGCGCAGACGCUUCGGGGCGUACGUGGCGGCGCUGGCCGUGCUGGCGGCGCACGCGUCCGCGAUCCGGUUCUACCUGCAGCCGGGGGAGCGGCGCUGCUUCACGGACGAGCUGCCGUCCAACUCCAAGAUUUCCGGCGAGGCGCUAGUGGCGUCCGGGCGCGGGGAGAUGGAGAUCGACGUGUGGGUGACGACGGUGGGCGGGACGGUGCUGUACCACCGGCGGGCGGCGGAACACGGCAAGUUCUCGUUCCGCACGCCGGCGCUGUCGCGCAAGUACCACGCGGACAUGAUGGACGACGAGGACGAGUACGACUACGAGGAGGCGCGCGCGGAGGAGGACACGUUCAAGGUGUGCGUGGAGCACCAGCAGGUGGGGUCGCGCGCGCACGCGGCGGGGACGCGGCGCAUGGUGUCGCUCAAGCUGAACGAGGCGCACGGCCCGGACGGCGACGACGCCGCGGAGAAGGGCGAUACCGACAGGCUGGAGGCGACUAUGAUGGACAUGGAAGCGAGCCUGAGAGACAUGAAGCUCGACUUGGACCAUCUGCAGUGGAGGGAGAAGUGGCUCACAAAGGGGAUGCAGAGGACGACCGGGAGGGUGACGGCGUUGGCGGUGUUUUCGCUGGCGGUUAUGGUGGCGACCUCGGCGAUGCAGUACAGAUAUUAUCUCGGAUAUUUUAAGCAGAAGAAGCUGUGUUGAGAAGGAAAAGGAAAGGGUUGGGAAGCGACACCAUGGCGGUCGAUCGACGGGGCAGCGGGGGACGGGCAGCGGGGGACGACGGUGAGUAAAGGGAGACAAUCGUUGAGCGGAUGUCGCUGUGGACAUAAUCAACGCGCACGCUGUUGAAAUCCCAUCCUUGCUGGCUUCCGCUUCCCCGCUCCCCCCCCAUUGGCUGUCUGCCCGCGCAAACGUCAUCAAUUUAACCAGACCGAUAAACGUGGCAACGUGUGCGCUCUGCCCCGCUGAUCGACCAA